AUGCAAGAUCCAUUUGAUCAAAAGAAACAAGCGAUACUAGACGAGAUCAGCACCAAUAGCAGCGACAAUCUCGAUGCAUCACCCAAGGGAACCAUUGACGAGAAAUGCAUCCCUAUAAUCAACCUCAUCAACAAAGACCCCAACAUGGUCACCACGUCUUCGUGUUCUGGACGAGUAAGUGUUUUCCUCGAAGGCAAGCACCAGGAGGGACAAAACAAGAUUAUCGCCAAGGGUAAUGAAGGACGGUGGUUGUUUGUGACUCACAACCCUGAAGAUCUUCCCAAGUGGUACGAUGGUGUUGAUUUUAAGUACUUGUGCGACCAGUUCCCUGGUGGGGAGAGCAGAAGUAUAUUAUUUAAGUUUGAACCAUUGAUUCUUCAUGUGAAAUGCAGGGACUUGAAUCAAGCCAGCAAGUUGUACACUGUUGCCAUGAAUUGUGGAUUUAGAGAAAGUGGUAUUGGAAGUAAUUAUAAUGUUGCUAUUCGAAUCAGUAUCAAGUUGGAUAUACCUAUUGGGUAUGGGAAUGACCUGGAAGAGCUUGUUAGCUUUGUGUCUAAGGAGUACUUGGAGUAUGCUACUAAGUUGUCUUAUGAAAGAUUUACUGAGAAUUUCAAAAAGAUGAAUCAAUUGUAUGAUGCCAUUGACAAGAUGAUGUCAUCUGGUGAUCAGCAAAAGGUCAAGGACAAGGAAACCAAGGAAGAAAGAAGAGAGAGGAAAAUACGAGAGGGCCUUCAAAGACAACAGGAGUUGAAGCAGAAACAGCAACAACAACAACAACAAGAAGAAGAAGAACGCACUGAAUAG